UGGCGCCUGCGCAUUGGCCGCCAACUCGCUCUAGUCGCUUUGGUCGGGGCUCGGGAUCGGCUGCCAUCUUAGUCGAGGGACCGAAGAGUCGUCGCCGCCCCGAGUCCCGGUAACAUGCAUUUAACAGUGGCCUUCUGGAGACAACACCUUAACCCAAAGAAGUGACUCCAACGGUGAGAACGUCAGCAUUUCAUUUGCCAUGUUCAGGUUUGCUGUCCUAUUGGUGGCAUGUCUGACAGUGGAUCACAGCUUGGUUCAAUGGGUAGCCUGACCAUGAAAUCACAACUUCAGAUAACUGUCAUUUCAGCAAAACUUAAAGAAAAUAAAAAGAAUUGGUUUGGACCAAGUCCUUACGUGGAAGUCACAGUAGAUGGACAGUCAAAGAAGACAGAAAAGUGCAACAACACGAACAGUCCUAAAUGGAAACAGCCCCUUACAGUUAUCGUCACCCCUGUGAGUAAAUUACAUUUUCGUGUGUGGAGUCACCAGACAUUGAAAUCUGAUGUUUUGCUGGGAACUGCUGAAUUGGAUAUCUAUGAGACAUUAAAGUCAAACAAUAUGAAACUUGAAGAAGUAGUAGUGACUUUACAGCUUGUAGGUGACAAAGAGCCAACAGAGACAAUAGGAGACUUGUCAAUUUGUCUUGAUGGGCUACAAUUAGAGUCUGAAGUUGUUACCAAUGGUGAAACUACCUGUUCAGAAAGUGCUUCACAGAAUGAUGAUGGUUCCAGACCCAUGGAUGAAACAAGAGUGAACACAAAUGGAUCAGAUGACCCUGAGGAUGCAGGGUCUGGUGAAAAUAGGAGAAUCAAUGGGAAUAAUUCUCCAUUACUCUCAAAUGGUGGUUUUAAACCUUCUAGGCCUCCAAGACCUUCACGUCCACCUCCACCUACCCCACGUAGACCAGCAUCUGUGAAUGGUUCACCAUCUGCCAAUUCUGAAAGUGAUGGAUCUAGUACAGGCUCUCUGCCACCAACAAAUACAAAUUCAAACACAUCUGAGGGAGCAACAUCUGGAUUAAUAAUUCCUCUUACUAUAUCUGGAGGCUCAGGCCCUAGGCCAUUAAAUCCUGUACCUCAGGCUCCCCUACCACCUGGUUGGGAGCAGAGAAUGGACCAACAUGGACGAGUUUACUAUGUAGAUCACAUUGAAAAAAGGACAACAUGGGAUAGACCAGAACCUCUACCUCCUGGCUGGGAACGGCGAGUUGACAACAUGGGACGUAUUUAUUAUGUUGAUCACUUCACAAGAACAACAACGUGGCAGAGGCCAACAUUGGAAUCUGUCCGGAACUAUGAACAGUGGCAGCUCCAACGUAGUCAACUUCAAGGAGCAAUGCAGCAGUUUAACCAGAGAUUCAUUUAUGGGAAUCAAGAUUUGUUUGCUACAUCACAAAAUAAAGAAUAUGAUCCCCUUGGUCCCUUGCCACCUGGAUGGGAGAAGAGAACGGACAGCAAUGGUAGAGUGUAUUUUGUCAACCACAACACUCGUAUUACACAAUGGGAAGAUCCCAGAAGUCAAGGUCAGUUAAAUGAAAAGCCCUUACCUGAAGGCUGGGAAAUGAGAUUCACAGUAGAUGGAAUUCCAUAUUUUGUGGACCACAAUAGAAGAACCACCACCUAUAUAGAUCCCCGUACCGGAAAAUCUGCCCUAGACAAUGGACCCCAGAUAGCCUAUGUACGGGACUUCAAGGCAAAGGUUCAGUAUUUCCGGUUCUGGUGUCAGCAACUGGCCAUGCCACAGCACAUAAAGAUUACAGUGACAAGAAAAACAUUGUUUGAAGAUUCCUUUCAGCAGAUAAUGAGCUUCAGUCCCCAAGAUCUGCGAAGACGUUUGUGGGUGAUUUUUCCAGGAGAAGAAGGUUUAGAUUAUGGAGGUGUAGCAAGAGAAUGGUUCUUUCUUUUGUCACAUGAAGUGUUGAACCCAAUGUAUUGCCUGUUUGAAUAUGCAGGGAAGGAUAACUACUGCUUGCAAAUAAAUCCCGCUUCUUAUAUCAAUCCAGAUCACCUGAAAUAUUUUCGUUUUAUUGGACGGUUUAUUGCCAUGGCUCUGUUCCAUGGGAAAUUCAUAGACACAGGUUUUUCUUUGCCAUUCUAUAAGCGUAUCUUGAACAAACCAGUUGGACUCAAGGAUUUAGAAUCAAUAGAUCCAGAAUUUUACAAUUCUCUCAUCUGGGUUAAAGAAAACAAUAUUGAAGAAUGUGGUUUGGAAAUGUACUUCUCUGUUGAUAAGGAAAUUUUAGGUGAAAUCAAGAGUCAUGAUUUGAAACCCAAUGGCGGCGAUAUUCUUGUAACAGAAGAAAACAAAGAGGAAUAUAUUAGAAUGGUAGCUGAAUGGAGGUUGUCUCGAGGUGUUGAAGAACAGACACAAGCUUUCUUUGAGGGUUUUAAUGAAAUUCUUCCCCAGCAAUAUUUGCAGUACUUUGAUGCAAAGGAGUUAGAGGUGCUUUUAUGUGGCAUGCAAGAGAUUGAUUUGAAUGACUGGCAGAGACAUGCCAUCUACCGUCACUAUACUAGGACAAGCAAACAAAUCAUGUGGUUUUGGCAGUUUGUUAAAGAAAUCGAUAAUGAGAAGAGAAUGAGACUUUUGCAGUUUGUUACUGGAACUUGUCGAUUGCCAGUUGGAGGAUUUGCUGAUCUCAUGGGGAGCAAUGGACCGCAGAAAUUCUGCAUUGAAAAAGUUGGGAAAGAAAAUUGGUUACCCAGAAGUCAUACCUGUUUUAACCGCCUGGACCUGCCACCCUACAAGAGCUAUGAGCAACUGAAGGAAAAGCUGUUAUUUGCCAUUGAAGAAACAGAAGGAUUUGGACAAGAGUAGCUUCUGAGAACUUGUACCACUGAAGGACAAGAACUUAUUUGCAGUGUUUUUGUCCUUUUCCUUCUCUGCCUGUUGCACAUCUUGUAAAAUUGGGCUGUGACUGUUUAGAGAGUUCCCGAAUGUAAGUAAAUUAAUGUUAUCACUGAGAUUUAUCUCCCAUGACUCUGGAUUUCUACUCAACGUUUACAGAAAUCAGAUCUGCAAAUGACUAGUCAAACCUUAUCUAAUGUGAGAUUUAACACAGAAUGAAAUCUGCCUUGUCUUAUUCCCCUAGAUUGUUUUCUUAACAAUUUUGUAUGUCUAUGGAAAUGUCUCUUGAGAGUAGGUUUUUUUCUAUUAGAGAUUUCUGCAGAUGUGCACGGAAGUCCCUUGGUAACUGACAUAUGUAAGAUCUGCCUAUUAAGCCUCUCAGUAAGAAAUAAUCUGUUACAAAAGUGCAAGCUUAGCCAGCUUCUGAGGAUGUGAGCACAUUUCUGGCUUGUGCUCUCCCUCUUGUUUCAGCUUGGCCUGACUGUUGAUUUUCUUUUCCUGAGCCUGAAUCCAUACAUCAUUUGAUGUUAUCCCUGGCAAGUGAUGCAAGACUUCUGCAUCUUCCUACAAAGUUGUUUUGUUAAUUUGAAUUCAGGGAAUAAGUUGUGCCCAGCCUGAAAAUGACUUAAUAACUCUUUUCAAUUGGAAAUUUGAUUGUUUUAAUUGCCUCACAAUACUAAACUUUACAAACAAUAUUAAAUUGUGCUUCCUUCACUGUCAUUUAUAAAAGUUAACCUAGAAUUGGAAUGAAUGUAGCUGAAUUCAUUUAAGUCAAUCAUUGACAAUUUAAGAUGUUCCUAUGUAGAAAUUGCAUCUUUGUAAUCUUAUCAUAAUUCAACUUCAGUUAUAUUUAAUUAUUGCUAAGGAGUUAAAGUUGCAACUAGAGUGCUUUCUAGUCCAAAUAGAGGUCACUGAAGCAUUCUCUAAAUUACAUUUUAAUUAGGGAGGGUGAGCUGUGGUGCUUGCUAAAAACAAGGGAGUAAGAUGUUUACUAUCAGUACAUUUCUACAACCACAGAAAUCUGCUCUCCAUGUCAAUUAAGUCUUCAAAUUUAUCAUUUCUCUGACAUUGGAGUAGUCAUUUCCAUUCUUUAUAUUGUCCUGGGUUGGAUAUUCUCUUCACCCCUAAAAAUUAGGACAGGUUUUCCCCUUAACUUUAAUUUUAGACUGCUCUAUUAAUAACUGGUUAAUGCACUUUGAACUUCUCUGUGUAGUUCUUUUAACUUGGCCUAGCUUAGAUUCUGUCAAGAUGACUGCUGUCAGAGGUUUGAUGUUAUGAACAGUGGGAUGAAGCCUUAGUCAACUGAGUGCCUAUCAUAGGUGAAACCUGACAACAGCCUCAUAACUCCUCCCACAGGGACUUUGGCAGGUUUCAGUAGCAUAGCAUGAACAAGGAGCAUUGAGCCAAAAAUAAGCAGAGUAGCAAACCCCUGUUCCAUGCAGAAGGAAAAGUAUUCGUUUUUUUUUUUUUUUUUUGUCCCUAAGUACUCUUCCUUUUACAUCCUGGAACAACAACAAAACAUUUUUAAAUUUGUGUAUCUGUACUCCUAAACACUGCCAUCAUAAAGUAGACUUGCAUGAGUGAAAGGGUUGCCUCACCCAGAAAUUAUCAGUUUAGAGGGGCAGAUUAGGCUCUCCUAUCUUUUUUUUAUUCCACAUAGUCCAAGAAAUGUAGUAUGGUCUCCAAAACACCUAGUUGUUUCCAAAGUAGGGACUCUCUGCCUUUUUGUUGGUAGGGGGAAAAAAAUGCUGUUGCUUUGUCUUACAGAGCGAAUGUCUGCCAACUACCCAUUCAUUAUAUAACUGAACUUUGGUAAUAUAUGGCUCUGGAGAUUAAGCCUUCUAUAAAGACUUCCUAUUGAGUCUCAUAUUUGAAAUGUAGUUACCUACAAUAUAUACUAGAGAUUUAUGAGAUUAAAUUAAGAGGUAAUGUAAGAAAGUAGACUUUUUUGUUCUAUGUAAUGCUUGAUGAUUGAUUCACUUAGGGACCUAGAAACAUUGUGUGAAAAUGUAUAAAUAUCAUCCAAAAGGCUUUCUGCCCUAUAUUUUUAAAAUACAGAAUAGUUAUAUUUGAAGUAGCCCUAGCUCUAGUUCUAUAGGGCUUGGCUAUUUAAUAUUUUUAUGGAAGAAAUGUUUAGUUCUGGAAAAGGUAAAUGCUUGUAUAUAUUUUUGCAGUCUGGGACCUCCCUUACUCCAUUUCUUCCUUUAAUUUAAGUGGCCACAUGUAUAUGUCUUCCCUGCUGUGUUAGGAAAAUGGGGGCUGGAUAUCCCAAGAAUCAGAGGUUACAUAAAAAUACUGCAGCUAGACAGCAGAUAUCUACCAAAUGCUCUCAAAUUUUGGUUCAAACCGAACAUUUGAAAAUAGAUUUAUUGUAAGUGUUCAAUUAGAGCAAUUUCUUAAAUCUGAACUAAAUUGCUUUUAGAGUCCUUUUGCUUUGUAAGCAUUGUAAAUGCUAAUCAUGUUAAUUUUUUUACUGCAUGUUAUGUUGAAAUAAAAAUGAAGUAAAGUGAGCAAUUGCUUAUUCUUCUGCUCUUUUGGGAGAUUGGGGAAGGCAGCAUUUCACAGCCUGGGUCAGGAGGGAAGGACCUCACUUGUUGCAUCCAAUAAAGUGAUCUAAAACUGAUCCAGCUUACAAUAAUGAAUUCAUGCUCUCUUACGAACUUUGUGUCAGAGUGCAGAAGAAUCUACUUUCAUAAGACUUACAAUAACUCUAUUUAAAGUUCAGGUAGUAAUUUUCCAUCAAGAGAUUGACAUAUCAAUGUCAACUUACCAGAUAUUUUAGUGAAACGUAAUUCUCCUGCCCACCAGAGUCUCAUCCUAGAUGAACUAUUUCAGUCAGGCCCACUCUGCCACUUUCAUUUAUCUGGUUAGUUAAUGAUAACAUUAAUCUGAAAUGUUACCAGGAAUGACUCAUGAAAUUAGACAUCUCUAUUUUUAUAUCCUUCCUUGUUUUGGAUAUAACCUCAUCCUUCUAAACUCCUUUAGGUUAACUACUUCUGUUUAAUAUUGUUGGUAUCUCCAGCCUCCCUCCCACCCCCCACUUUUUGUUUUUUCUUUUAGACUUACUGACAUAAUUAUUUGUAUAUAUGGUAUUCUUUUGUUAACUAAAAACAGAUAAUGGCAGCACUGGAUUGUAUUUUACUGUAUGGAGUUCCUUUGUUUUCUUGAACUGUAAUUUCAAAUACUCAGGUAACUCUACGAAUAUCAUAGGGAGUUAAGUGCUCUUAUAAAGGUCCUUCAGGGGGCUGCCUCAUUUACGUUUCCUUAAAAGAUGUAAGAUUGUGUUUAUAAUUAAACUUUUUUGGUCCCUUCA